AUCUACUUCUCUCUCUCCACACUACAUCGUUCUCGAGCCAUCGAAAUGUCUUUUCUUCCUCACGAUAUAUCUGCAUCCUUCGAUUUUCCAAAAGAAGAAGAAAAAGUUAUUGCGUUCUGGAGAGAAAUCGACGCGUUCAGAACCAGUCUCAAACUCUCUGAAGGUCGUCCUGAAUACACUUUCUACGAUGGCCCUCCAUUCGCCACUGGGCUACCCCACUACGGUCAUCUUUUAGCUGGAACGAUCAAGGACAUCGUCACCCGCCAUGCCCACGUCAGUGGAUUUCAUGUGACGCGGCGAUUUGGAUGGGACACUCAUGGGCUUCCUGUCGAGCAUGAGAUCGACAAGAAGUUGGGUAUCACUGGCAAAGACGACGUGAUGGCCUUGGGAAUCGACAAAUACAAUGCAGAAUGCCGAAAGAUUGUCAUGCGAUAUGCCGAUGAAUGGAGGGCAACUGUUGAGAGAAUGGGAAGAUGGAUCGAUUUCGACAACGACUACAAAACCCUUAAUACGAGUUUCAUGGAGUCGGUGUGGUGGGCUUUCAGUGAACUUUUCAGAAAAGGAAUGGUUUAUCGAGGACUCAGAGUCAUGCCCUACUCGACCGGGUGCACUACGCCUUUGUCAAACAUGGAGGCCGGCCUGGCUUAUCAGGAUGUGAACGAUCCUGCCGUAACUGUUUCCUUCCCUUUGGUAGAUGACCCGAAGACGUCGUUGCUCGCGUGGACAACGACACCGUGGACGUUGCCUUCCAAUCUUGCGCUCUGUGUUCAUCCCGAGUUCACCUACAUCAAGAUCCAUGAUCAAGAAAAGGACCAAAACUUUAUCAUACACGAGAAUCUCCUUACCACUCUUUAUAAGGACCCGAAGAAAGCUAAAUUCAAGAAGCUUGCACAAUUUGUAGGGUCCGACAUGAAAGGGUGGCGUUACGUGCCAGUUUUCGAAUAUUUUACUGAAAAGUUCGAAGACAAGGCUUUCAGGGUAUUGAACGACACGUACGUGACUGCCGCCGACGGUACUGGCAUCGUACAUCAAGCACCUGCUUUCGGUGAAGAUGAUCACAGGAUUGCCCUUGCUCAUGGAAUUCUGCGUGAAGAUGAGAUGCCCCCUUGUCCUAUUGACGAUCGGGGCUAUUUCACAAAAGAAGUGACUGAUUUUGCCGGCCAAUACGUGAAGGCCGCGGACAGUCAAAUACAAAGGUUCCUAAAAGCCAAAGGUCGCCUCAUCGUUCAAUCCAACAUCAAGCACAGUUAUCCGUUCUGCUGGAGAUCUAAAACCCCGCUCAUCUAUCGCGCAGUACCUUCUUGGUUUGUUCGGGUAACCCCGAUCGUUGACCAGUUGAUAAAGAAGAACGCCGAGACACUUUGGGUUCCUCAAUCUGUCGGCGAUCACCGUUUUGGGAACUGGCUCGCCUUAGCCCGCGACUGGAAUGUUUCCAGAAAUCGAUAUUGGGGUACACCGUUACCCUUGUGGGUCAGUGAAGAUCUUGAAGAGACCGUGGUUGUUGGUUCCGUGGAAGAAUUGGAGAGACUAUCUGGUGUCAAAGGCAUAACCGAUUUGCAUAGAGAGAGUAUAGAUCAUAUCACCAUUCCUUCGAAGGUAGGCAAAGGAGAUCUGAAACGAGUUGAAGAGGUGUUUGACUGUUGGUUUGAGUCGGGAAGCAUGCCCUAUGCGCAGGUUCACUAUCCCUUCGAGAACAAAGAGUUGUUUGAAAAUUCAUUCCCAGCCAACUUCAUCUCCGAGGGUAUAGACCAGACCCGGGGAUGGUUCUACACCCUUCUGGUUUUGUCUACCCACCUCUUCGGGAAAGCGCCAUGGAAGAAUUUGAUCGUGACUGGCCUUGUUUUGGCAGCCGACGGCAAGAAAAUGAGCAAGAGUCUCAAGAACUAUCCCGAUCCUAACAUCAUCAUCAACCAGUACGGUGCUGAUGCCACUAGAAUGUUCCUCGUCAACUCUCCCAUCGUCCGUGGAGACAAUCUUCGUUUCCGUGAAGAAGGAGUUAAGGACGUCAUUUCCCGGGUCCUUUUGCCGUGGCUAAACUCAUUCCGCUUCUUCCUUGCCCAAGUCGCACUCUUGAAGAAAGUCACUGGACACGAGUUCAACUACAACCCACACGCAGUUCUUCCUCAGAAUGUCAUGGACCGAUGGAUUCUCGCGAGGUGUCAGUCGUUGAUCAGACUCGUCAGAGAGGAGAUGGCUGCGUAUCGACUGUAUACCAUAAUCCCGCGUCUUUUGGAUUUGGUUGACGAAUUGACCAACUGGUACAUCCGGUUCAACCGAAAAAGGCUCAAGGGAGAAGAUGGGUUGGAGGACACACUUUCUGCACUCAAUACACUUUUCGAGGCUCUUUUUACUCUCUGUAGAACCAUGUCCUCGUACACGCCAUUUUUAACGGAGAAUCUGUAUCAGACUCUCCGCCUAUACAUUCCAGAGGACCACAACGCUACUGAUACUCGCUCAGUACACUUUUUGCGGUUUCCAGAAGUGAAGGAAGAGUAUUUCGACGCCGAUAUCGAGAGACAGGUGGCACGAAUGCAAAAGGUGAUCGAGCUGACCAGGAAUAUCCGGGAAAAGAACAACAUUCAACUGAAGACACCGUUGAAAGAGUUACUUGUAUUCCACCCCGAGGAACAAUACAUUGCAGACAUCAGGCCUCUUCAGCGUUACAUCGAGUCAGAGCUGAAUGUUCGUGAUAUCAUCUUCUCGUCGGAUGAGAGUCUGGCUGGAAUCCAAUACCGCGCUGUCGCCGAUUGGCCUAUUCUAGGACGGAAACUCCGAAAAGAUUUGGGACGCGUCAAGAAUGGCUUACCCAAGGUGUCUAGCGACGACGUGAAAAGCUAUAUGGCGACCGGAAAAUUAAUGGUCGAUGGCAUUCCCCUUGUUGAAGGUGAUUUGGCUGUGCAACGAUAUCUCGAAGUCGAUCCCGCUCGAUAUGGGACACAUACCGACAACGACGUUCUUGUCAGAUUGGAUAUCCAGAAACACCCUGAACUCCAGGGAGAGUGGUUGGCGCGAGAACUCAUUAACAGAGUCCAGAAGCUGCGCAAGAAAUCGGGUCUUCAAGCAACAGAUGACGUGGACGUGUACUAUUCGUUUGAAGGAGGCACUGGGACUGAAUUGAUCCAAGCAAUGAAUGAUUACGAGGAGUUCAUUCGCAAAACCAUAGGGGGCACUCCAUUGGAUAUCACGACUGGGAAAGCAGGUGGUUUACACCUCGUCACAGAGGAGCAGGAGAUAUUAGAAGUCAAGUUCUCGUUGACACUAGUUAGACCGGAACUCCACCGUUCGCAGGAAAUCAAAUGA